UCUCUCCGUCUCUGUCUCUCUAGGUCCCACUGCUGGCUGUCCCCUUCUCUUUCUCUAUGUCAUCGUCCCCCUCCCCGGGGUUUCCCCUCCUCGCUGCAGCCGGAAGGAAGGACUGACGGACAGGCUGUUCUGGGAAAGGCCACGGGGUCCCCACUUCUCUCUUUCGUGGCCUCCUCUCCCCGCCCCCACCCUCGGGGCCUUCCACGCCUGCGCCGGGGGGGUGGCCGGCAAAGGGACCGGGGGCUGCUCCACCAGUGAGUCAGACCCGGGGAGGGGACGUGGGGGGCCUUGACCAGUGGCUGGGCUUCCCCCGAGGCAGGUCCUGAGUCCCCUGCCUGAACCUCGAGAGUCUCUGAGGACACAGUCCGCCGGAGCCAUGGCCCUGAGACUUCUCCUGGCCCUCGCCCUUUGGGCCGGCUGCUCGCUCUGCCGUGGGACAGAAGCUCCGGGCCAGCCCAGGGUGCGUUGCUGGGCUUCUAGGUACCCCAUCGCCGUGGAUUGCUCCUGGACGCUGCCACCUGCUGCAAACUCCACCACGCCCACGUCGUUCAUUGCCACGUACAGGCUCGGUGUGGCCGCCCACGGGGAGAGCCGGCCCUGCCUGCAGCCCACGCCAGAGGCCACCAGCUGCACCGUCCCGGACAUCCAGAUGUUCUCCAUGGUGUCCUACGUGCUCAACGUCACGGCCGUCCACCCCUGGGGCGUCAGCAGCAGCUUUGUGCCCUUUGUCCCGGAGCACAUCAUCAAACCAGACCCUCCGAGAGGCGUGCGCCUGAGCCCCCUCCCCGGGCAGCGGCUGUGGGUGCAGUGGGAGCCUCCCCAGUCCUGGCCCCUCCCGGAGAUCUUCUCCCUCAAGUACCGAAUCCGCUACAAGCGUCACGGGUCCGCCCGCUUCCGCCAGGUGGGGCCCAUCGAAGCCACAUCCUUCACCCUCCGGGCUGUGAGGCCCAAAGCCAGGUACUGCAUCCAGGUGGCUGCUCAGGACCUCACCGACUAUGGGGACUUGAGCGACUGGAGUCUUCCCGCCACGGCCUCUGUGACCCCGCCACGGCCUCUGUGACCCCGCCACGGCCUCUGUGACCCCGGGCAAGUAGUGGGGUCUGCCCAGCCCCCCCCCACCAAAGAGGGGGCUGGGUCCUUGACAUCCUCCCCCCACUGCUGCCACUCAAGGGUGGAUGGGACCCGACUGGCCUGGGUUUGCUGCUGCCGAGUUGCUGGGCGGCCUUGGACAAGUGACUUUGCCUCUCUGAGCCUCAGUUUCUCAAUGUGUGAAAUGGGGAUGUUCCCCUCCUUAGACUACAGUGCCAGCUUUGCGAACUGUGAAUGUGAGAUAUUUUUUAUUG